UAUAUAUAAGUAUAUAUAUAUGUGUAUGUAUGUGUAUAUAUAUAUAUACGUAUACGUGUAUGUAUGUAUGUAUAUGCAUAUAUAUAUGUAUACGUUUGUGUAUGCAGCACAUUGAACUGAACUCUCACUGUGUGAAAUAUAAAUGAAAUAAGUCAACAAAUCUCUUAAUAUUUAUUAAAUUUCAGAUAUGAAACAAAUUCAAAACCAUUUAAAAAAACUGUUGGGGUCCUUCAGGUCCUUUCUUUAGCUGGCCACACAGGUGCCUGAUUUUAAAAUUUUUAUAUAUAUAUUUUUUAUCCACUUUUAUAAAUAAUUUUGGCCGAUAUAGAAAAAAUUGAAUGCAUUGGCCGGCCUCUAGUAUCAUGCCGCCAUAACACUCGUGUAUCCGGCCCACGGUGGUGUAUUCACUAACGUGUUUAAAUAUAACACGGACAAAUUUGUCCCUCACUCUCCUCCACCUCUAAACCCACGUUUCCCGUCUUUUCCGUCCACAAAUAAAACGUUGCCUCUGUAUUUUUGUACUCCUUCAGUCACGGGUGAGUAAACGUUCAUAUAUUCGGACUUUUUCCCGCGAUGUGUUCUUCGAUCUGUUCCGUGUCUGCUGCUGAACAUCUUUUUACCUUUUGACGGGGUAAAAGGGAAGUGGGGUCCUGACCAAUCCAUCACUUCCGAUGGAUGUUUAAAAGUUAGGGCAUGUCGGAGAUGGAGAAGUACGAAUCAGGCUUUGGAAAGCCGUCAGCACACACCGAAUGCCGUAACCGUAACAUUUGUUUGUAAAAUAAAUGGAUACGGCUGACCUAAGACAAAGGUCGUGCGGUGUUUUUACCGCUAGUUUUCAGACGGGAGUAACGGACAAGCAGGAACGACGUCAUUUCUAAGCCAUGAGAGACGCGGGUGUCUUUGAUUUAAGUAUUUUAUAUCAGCUGAUCUUUCUGUCUGAUUGCUACGGCGGGAUCAGGGUAUUUGAGGUGAAAGCAGGUGGACCUACAGGUUAGAAUGUCUAAAAGGUUAGCUGAACAUCCGCGUGACGACUGGUUAGUUUAGGAAAGCGUUUGCAUGACGGUGAAACGUCUGGAGACGGAACUGCAGCGCUUCUGAAAUUCUCCUUUUUACGGUGUUUUUGUCGACUGCAUGUAACUUUCACACUUUUGUAAAGACAGACUUGUAGAUAUUUGUGUUUUUUAUUUUUAAAUCUUACUGAUGAUGUUGAUGAUUGUGUUUGUUGUUGUAGCUCCGACGGCUUUUCUCCAGGUUUAAACACAAAUAUAUAAAAUAUACUGUAAAUGUUUAUGAAAUUUUAAACAAGAGAAAGAAAUAUGUUUUUUUUUUUUUUGUAUUAAAUUGUGAAGAACAUGGUUGGAAAUUGUCAUUUGAUCUACAAACACCCGGCAGAACGUCACGGCGCUUCAGGGGUCAGAAGUUGGUAUUUUUAGUGGUUUAAAAACUUUUCAGGGUUUUUUUAAAGAGCCUGUUUGUUUUCCUGUAAAGGGAAGGAGAUGCGGCGAGCAUCUGCUGGGAUCGGUUUCCUCCUCCCUCCUCGCUUUCACAGACUGGGGGGGUGGAAACGGAUGGACUUAAUGUUUUAACACUACUGGGUUGUUUAGGCUGCACUCAAGUUACAGCGUGUGGUCGAAUACUUUUUACUUUAUCAUCCAACAAAGUAGAGGUGCUGAAAAAGAUCGAUUCAAGUCUGAAUCGGGAUUCUUAUUUAUAAAGAUUCAGAAUCGAUUCCAAGAACUCAAAUAUUUGGCACGUUACAGGUUUGAGACGCACUUUUUUGAUCUUUGUUAGGAGAGUCAGUACUCUGAUUACUUUUGUGGUCCCAUUAAUUGAGAUGAUUUAUGUUUGAAUCUGCUGAUAAGAGGGCGCUUGAAUGUCAUUUUUUCCAUACUCAGAAAUUUGAGAUAUUCUCAUAUUUUUUUCUAAGUUGAUAAAUGAGUACUCAGGAUUACUCAUGUAACUUGUUUCUACACAUACUUGAAAAGUAUUUGACCGUAUUACUUUCAAAGCUACUGUUAGGUAACUACAGAUUUGUUAUAUUUUACAAGGUAAGCAAAAAUAAAUGUUGCCUUUUGGUCAAAAGAUUGUUUCUGUAUACAGUUUUAGAAUCACUUUAUUUUACUUUGUAAAUUAGCAUUUUUGGAGCACGACCAGUUUAAAGUCAAAUAAAAACGUCCCAUAGCUUUAACUAACUUGUACAACAAAGUAGUUCAUCCUGGAGCUGACACUCUUUGUUAAUACUGAUUGUGAAUCGAUUUAAAUUGAGAAUCGAUUCUGAAUCGAAUCGGCACCCCGAGAAUCGGAAUCGAAUCAAAUUGUGAGUUGCUCUAAGAUUCACAUCCCUACAACAAAGAGUCUUUUCUCUGUUUCUGGGAUUUUUACACUGGGCUGGUUUUUAAAUUCGGGAUCGGUUUCCACCUCCUCUUCACUGAAUUCCACCUAAAGCAUCAUAUCAUGUUUCUCCUCCACCUUCUUCCAAAUGUACGUUUUAUUUGAACUAAAAUAAGAAUCUAAACGCUGUGCUGCCGUCCAGGGUUUUCACCUUCUGGGAUCAAAAACCAAGAAGAGCUCAACAAACGGGUAAAAUGUUAGAACUGCGUCUCGUGUCGGCGCUGUGGCUUUUUUUUAAAGGUGCCCUAAAAAACAGAAGCAUGUGUUCUAACGUCAGGAACAAGCGGAACGUCACCAAACUCCUUAUUAACUAUUAAGGGAGGACACGGGUGCCAAACAGGGCGCUUGUGUCUGUCUCACUCAUUAGAAGACCGAACGUGUGGACGACUGAAGGAUAAAUAAUGUGCUUUUAUGUUGUCUAUGAGGAGGGAACGACGUAUCCAGAACUGGUCUGAUAUGGAGUAGAUCUUCCACCAUGGAGCCGACGAGCGGCCCUGCCUCCAGGCUGGAUGUGGACCUUGGUUUUGCCCUUUUCUUCUUCCUCCUCCUCUGUUUCUUCUUGUUGGCGACGAUCGUCCGCUGUGCUCAGCUGGUGCUGGACCCUUACAGCGCCGUUUCUGUCUCCACGUACCAGGAAGAAGAUGAGGAAACGGAGGAGUGAUGGAGACCGUGGCCUUGAGUCCGACUCUUGGAGCUAAAGAAAGGACAUUCAACCUUUUUAGUUUUGCGUUCGAGUCGUUUGUUUCGCCAACGUUGGGAGGAAAUGCUGCCUUUUCUGAUGACGUGGGUAAACUAAGAGCGUUCUCGGAGAAGUCCUGCUUUUUAGGGAAUCAUUUAUUAAUGCUUAAUAAUGCACUAAGUUACAUUAAUAAAGCAACCCUAAUUGUAAAGUGUUCCCAAACGUUUGUUUAUUAAGGCUUAAUUAAUGGACUAAGUCAUGUUAAUAAAGCAACCCUAAUUGUAAAGUGUUACCAAACGUUUGUUUAUUAAUGCUUAAUUAAUGCACUAAGUCAUGUUAAUAAAUCAACCCUAAUUGUAAAGUGUUACCAAACGUUUGUUUAUUAAUGCUUAAUUAAUGCACUAAGUAACGUUAAUAAAGCAACCCUGAUUGUAAAGUGUUACCAAACGUUUGUUUAUUAAUGCUUAAUGCACUAAGUAACAUUAAUAAAGCAACCCUAAUUGUAAAGUGUUACCAAACGUUUGUUUAUUAAUGCUUAAUUAAUGCACUAAGUCAUGUUAAUAAAGCAACCCUAAUUCUAAAGUGUUACCAAACGUUUGUUUAUUAAUGCUUAAUGCACUAAGUAAUGUUAAUAAAGCAACCCUAAUUGUAAAGUGUUACCAAACGUUUGUUUAUUAAUGCUUAAUUAAUGCACUAAGUCAUGUUAAUAAAGCAACCCUAAUUGUAAAGUGUUACCAAACGUUUGUUUAUUAAUGCUUAAUUAAUGCACUAAGUAACGUUAAUAAAGCAACCCUAAUUGUAAAGUGUUCCCAAACGUUUGUUUAUUAAGGCUUAAUUAAUGGACUAAGUCAUGUUAAUAAAGCAACCCUAAUUGUAAAGUGUUACCAAACGUUUGUUUAUUAAUGCACUAAGUCAUGUUAAUAAAUCAACCCUAAUUGUAAAGUGUUACCAAACGUUUAUUUAUUAAUGCUUAAUUAAUACACUAAGUAACGUUAAUAAAGCAACCCUGAUUGUAAAGUGUUACCAAACGUUUGUUUAUUAAUGCUUAAUGCACUAAGUAACAUUAAUAAAGCAACCCUAAUUGUAAAGUGUUACCAAACGUUUGUUUAUUAAUGCUUAAUUAAUGCACUAAGUCAUGUUAAUAAAGCAACCCUAAUUGUAAAGUGUUACCAAACGUUUGUUUAUUAAUGCUUAGUGCACUAAGUAACGUUAAUAAAGCAACCCUAAUUGUAAAGUGUUACCAAACGUUUGUUUAUUAAUGCUUAAUUAAUGCACUAAGUCAUGUUAAUAAAGCAACCCUAAUUGUAAAGUGUUACCAAACGUUUGUUUAUUAAUGCUUAAUUAAUGCACUAAGUAACGUUAAUAAAGCAACCCUAAUUGUAAAGUGUUCCCAAACGUUUGUUUAUUAAGGCUUAAUUAAUGGACUAAGUCAUGUUAAUAAAGCAACCCUAAUUGUAAAGUGUUACCAAACGUUUGUUUAUUAAUGCUUAAUUAAUGCACUAAGUCAUGUUAAUAAAUCAACCCUAAUUGUAAAGUGUUACCAAACGUUUGUUUAUUAAUGCUUAAUUAAUGCACUAAGUAACGUUAAUAAAGCAACCCUAAUUGUAAAGUGUUACCAAACGUUUGUUUAUUAAUGCAUAAUUAAUGCACUAAGUCAUGUUAAUAAAGCAACCCUAAUUGUAAAGUGUUACCAAACGUUUGUUUAUUAAUGCUUAAUGCACUAAGUAACGUUAAUAAAGCAACCCUAAUUGUAAAGUGUUACCAAACGUCUGUUUAUUAAUGCUUAAUUAAUGCACUAAGUCAUGUUAAUAAAGCAACCCUAAUUGUAAAGUGUUACCAAACGUUUGUUUAUUAAUGCUUAAUUAAUGCACUAAGUAACAUUAAUAAAGCAACCCUGAUUGUAAAGUGUUACCAAACGUUUGUUUAUUAAUGCUUAAUAAUGCACUAAGUAACGUUAAUAAAGCAACCCUAAUUGUAAAGUGUUACCAAAAACUCAACUACUACAUAAGUUUAGGAACAGAAAACUUUUCUCAUAUGACACAUCUGGACCUUUCACUUAAUACAGUACAGAUGUCCCCCCCCCCAUCAUUUUUACUUGGAUGUGUUAUCUCUGAGGCAACGGUGGCUCAGGGGUUGUAGGUUCGAGCCCAGGCCCCCGCAGUCAUUCAUGUAAGUCGGGGGGGGGGGGGCGGUGGUGGCUGUGUGCGCAGCCCCACCUCCGCCAGCGCGUCCUAGCAGCCGUGGCUACACGGUAGCUCAUCAGCAGCAUGUGAAGGCGUGUGCGUGUGGUUGAAUGCACACCGGAUGUGUUGUGAAGUGCCUUGGGGGGGUUGUAGAACCCCAGAAGGUGCUAUACAAACAAUACUUGUUCUUUAGCAGCCCCAGACGGCCUGGCUGUAGCCCCCACCCCCGUACCUGUGGUGGGCAGCCAGAUGACCCGACAGGCCCGCCGUCUUUAUGUUGGCCCCUUUGGUAUCACAGGUGAGAAACAGAAAAGCAUAUUUCGGUUUGGAUAAUAUCAUUUUAAUGACCUUUACUCUGUGUGUGUGUGUGUGUGUGUGUGUGUGUGUGUGUGUGUGUAGGAGUCCAUGAUGGACUUCUUUAACGCUCAGAUGCGUUUAGGUGGUCUUACUCAGGCCCCUGGAAAUCCUGUCCUCGCUGCACAGAUCAACCAGGACAAGAACUUUGCCUUCCUUGAGGUGAGAAACAUCCCGUGAUGGUCAUUAAUGAUCUUCUGAAGUAUUCCUGAACUCUCGUUGGAUCUUGUUUGUGUGUUUUUAA